AGCCUAGGUGAAAAAGGGGGCUAUGUGACAGCACAUUCUGUUUGGUUACAAAGCCAAACGUCCAAACGUUGGCAUUAAGUUUCAUCCAAUCAAUCUGUGUUUAGUUCUAGGGGAAAUCUCGUCUCCUUGAUCGUUUGUUUCCUUAGUAAGACAUUAUUCUGAAGUUCUUAGUCAUUCUAAAUUAACACAUCGGACAUACACUGUGUUUAGAUUUAGAUCUAGUUUUCAAAUCUAGAUUUAUUUAUACAUUUUCUUUUUCAGACGGAUUAUCUUUAUUAUUAGAAAUUUGUGUUGAGAAAAACUGGAUGCAAUUUUAAUGAGGUUUUAAAAUUCAUGAGAUUUGUUACAAAUAAACUCUUGUGGAGACGGAGUUUUGAAAUACUUAUCUAUUGAAAAGAGGCGGGCUUUAGCAGACGACUGUGGUUAUUAUUAUUAUUAUUAUUUGGAUUAAAACUGUUUUCAUUCAAUUGGAUAUUUGGAGUAACUAGAUUAGAUCUAGUCUGUUCGGACACAUACUUCUCUUGGACCAAUUAACAUUCUGGUUAUCUCCCUUGCCUCUUUGUGCUAUUGAUCCCAUGCAUCAAGGCCACUCACGCCUAUGUCUUCACGCUCUGCACUGGCGCCUCCCAGACAGAGGCAAUGUAUGACAUCACUUCCGGACUGAUUCCCGAAAGGUGUAGAUCGAGUAAACGAGCAUGGAAGUUGAUGGGCCGCUAGGCUCCACCCUAUUGUCCUGAGCAGUUUCUACACAUUGUCUCUUUUUGUCACUCAAGAAAUUAAAACAUUCGCUCAGGAAUAUUCAGCCCAUUGAAGUGUUGAGGCCAAGGAAUCACAGAGUCACAGGCCAAGGAAUCACAGAGUCACAGGCCAAGGAAUCACAGAGUCACAGGCCAAGGAAUCACAGAGUCACAGGCCAAGGAAUCACAGAGUCUCUGUACAACUUUGUUUGCUCCCUUACUGGAGCUGCUAGUGAGAUUUCCUAUGUUUACAAAUAGACUUUCACCUUCUGAAGAAAAGAUGGCCAACUGGAUCAAAGGAUUACUGGUGUUAUUAACAAUCUUGUUGACCACAGGACGCUGCCGGGCCAGUGUCUGCAAGACCAACGGUCCCCUCGGUAUGAUCACAGGCGCUAUCAACGACUGGCAGAUCAGUUCCUCCUCUACCUACCCCAACGAGUGGGACAACGCCUGCCACGAGAAAUACGCCAGGCUGUACCUCCCUAACAAGUUUGGCUGGUGUGCCAAGUACAAGAGUUCCUCAGAGUGGCUCCAAGUUGACCUUGGAGUGGGAGCCAGGGUGACCGGAGUGUUGACUCAAGGUCGUGGGGAUGGCACUGAGUGGGUGACCAGGUUUAGCGUGUCCUACAGCAUGGACGCCUACCACUGGAACUACGUGACAGACAACUACAACAACGCAAUGGUAUUCGAAGGCAACACAGACUCGUUCUCAGUCAAACACAACUACCUGGACAAGCCCAUCAUGGCGCGCUACAUCAAGUUUCAUACUAUACAGUGGAACAGGCAUCCCAGCAUGCGCGUGGAAAUUAUGGGAUGUCAACUAUGCAAAGAACCACUGGGUCUACCACCCUAUGGCAAAAUGUCUGCAUCAUCAUCCAGAAAGUUCCAGAAGGGGAGCUCGUGCCAGCCGGAAGACGGUCAUAUUCUGAGCAGCAAAUCAUGGUGUUCCAAGAAACAGAAUGAUAGCCAAUGGCUGCAGAUCGAUGUCGGACCGCCCACUCUGAUCACUGGGAUCAUUACCAAAGGUCGAGGUGACACUCAGAGGAAUCACUGGGUCCAAAGGUUUAAGAUCGCCUACAGCAACGACACAAGGGUCUGGUAUAGUUACAAAGACGCUGUUCAUUUGCUGCCCAAGAGUCGUUGGCAGUGGAGUCCAUCUCUUAACACUAGCUCGUCUCAUUUAAUCUCUGACCAAUACUCGGAAACAGGACUGCUAUUUGGUGGCAACUCGGACAAAGACACUCCUAGAAUUCACUUCCUGUACAGCCCGUUCGUGGCCAGAUAUGUCCGGUUCCAGCCUGUGGAGUGGAAGGGCAAAAUAAGUAUGAGAGCUGGACUUCUGGGAUGUCCUUACACAGGUGAAUGUAGCGAGGGUUUUAUGAGAGUCAACGAAGACACGCCAUGCAUUGAGAACUUGGCCUACAAGAAGGACAGUUGGAUCAAUAAGAAAUUAAAUAAGCGACACAUCCGGGAGGGACAUGCCGAGCGUGCAGUGGACGGCGACCUUGACCUCAGACUGCAGAGUUGCACCAUCCUUGACAACCUGUACGGGAAAUAUCCUCUGUGGACUGUGGACCUGGGCCAGAAGACUACAGUCUCAGGUGUGGUCAUCUACACCUGGCAGGGGGAUGGGCCAGCAAGAUCUGUGUCCUUUAGAGACUACAUGAGGAACUUGGACCAGCUGGUGGUCUACGUGGACGACAAGAUCCAGAAGAAAGAGGACGAGCAUGAUGAGUCCUACGCCUCUGGCAAUAUGUGCAACUACAUCUCCUCCAUUAACAAUGCACUCUUCAGCAAGAGGCUGGUGCUGCAGUGCGUGGGCAACCUCGUUGGCCGCUAUGUCUUGAUUGAGGCUUGGGGCAGGCAGAUUGGCUGGUCCAGGCUCUUCGGGGCAGUCCUCUGUGAGGUUCAAGUAUUCAAUUAAUUUCACCAUCUGCCCACCGUCUUCCCCAGCCCCAAUUCUCAUCUAAACUUUGGGACUUGAAGGGCGAUGUUAUUUCAACUUUUUUGUGUGGAUCAGACGUGUCUACACUACACAAGUCUAACACAUUGCUCUUGAAGAGACCUCCUCCUAGAUAUCAAUGUAGAUCCUAACAGUUUAUCAAAAUGUUUAUAUUUGGAAGAUAUUCACUUUUUUUGCAACAUUGUAUUUUAAAGUUCUUGAUUGGAGAAUGUGUGCAAACUUCAUCUCUUCAAAGGAUGUGAAUCAUAAUAUAGAUUGGAACUUUCUACUAUCACAUUCAACUGUAAAGAAAUUAUGCAUAUUACAUUAACGCUGAACAUACAGAUAUUAUUGAAAUGCACAAAAAAAAAAAAAAAAGGUUUUAAAAUGUUGGAUAACGUUCAUUAGGACCUUCCUUGUUUCAGCUAUCAGUACAUAAUACAUUUAUCUAAUAAGGAAGUGAACACAAGCAAAGAGAGGUAAUUCAAUUAUAAAGAAUAUUACCAAUAAGUAGUUCUUGCCCUUGUUCAAGUUGUGGCUUUAAGUAACAUUUUCUAUUCAAUCUACGCUGUUCCACAUCUUCAUGUUUGAUUUAGAAAUGUAUGUGUCUAGAGCAGUUCACACAACUCACCGUUGGACUGUUUGAAUGUUAUAAUAAAAACAUAACAAAAUGGUUUGGAAUGAAUGAAACCAAUGGACAUUUUGGUUUCUAAUUUUCUACACUAUAAUAUUACUUUGGGAUCAAGGACUUAUGAUAAAUCCUUGCACUAGGUCACAAUCAGUGUACUUACUUAGUACCUACAUCGGCCAGUGCAGUGACUCACUGAAUAGAUCAAACUGUGUAUGGAUGAAAUGUGCUAGCCCAACAGUAUGUGGAGGCUCUCUAUUUCAACAUGCAGCACUUGCUGGACCCAACAAACAUUCAAACAUUUCUAGCAUUCUUCUAGAAACUGCUGCUACAUAAGGAAACAGUAAUGCUUCUUUCAUAAGCAUUUAUUUAUUUUCAUUCCGAAGACAUCCAUCUUUGAAUGGUGAAACUAAUUCUUCAACAAACUUAAGACAAGGGAGCUAGUUUGCAAGAAACAACUUUUGUCAUAGACAAAACAAUGUCAAAAAAAAAAAAAAAAAACCCAGAUACACACAUAAGCCCCCAGAAAAUAAUUAUAUUUUAAAGAAGACUUUCAGACUGGUUUCUAGACACUUGAUUAAGAAACUUGUUGCCCAAGAUGGACAAAACUAAAUAAACAAUAAAUCCUUGUGAAAUCUUUAGGCAUCGUCUGAAAUGAAACUUUGGACAUUAUCAAAAAUUUCAGAGCAUAUUUUGGGAGAUGGUCAGAUUAUUUAUUGCAGACAUUGUUGGAGGAAAUAAAUAAAUAAAUGUUGGAAAAACUAGAACUGAAGAAUUCUUUGUGUAGGGGAGUGGAAAAUUGUUGUUAAGUGACGGCUAACAUUAUAUACUAUGAUCAAAAACCAUAGCCGACUUCUCUAUUAUCAACAUUAUUCUGUUUCAUGAACUUUGUGUAUGUUUGUCUUGUCAGAUUUUCACAGUGUCAUUGCAAGCUGUAAAAGUUGACAGAUGAUCAAUGUCUGAGUGUAGCUACUAAAGCAAUAUCUUAGCAAGAAAUAUUAGUGUAUAUUAGGUCAAAACAUUUCCUUGAUGAUUUUUAUCCUUUGGGUGUCUAUCUAGAGGCCCAGGAGCUUUUAAAAAUGAGACAUUGAUUUUGAUGGAUAUGUUACUCAAACAAUCUUUGCUUAUGUGAAAUGACUUUUGAUUAAAAAGGAUCAAAUAUAUAUAUAUAUAUAUAUAUAUAUAUAUAUAUAUAUAUAUAGGUUAAAAUUUCUAAUCUAAUAAAUUUCAAGAAAUAGUUGGAAAUAGUAAGUGAAUAAUGUAUUUUAUUUUUAAAUUGCAUAAAUUGAGGACAAAGUUAUACCUUUUGUUUUGUUGUUUUAUUGAUUUGCUUCAACAGUAAGCUAAGUUUUUUUUUACUCGAGUGACAGAUGAUCACAGAAUGAAACUUAGGAAAGAAAUGUUCUACAGGGAGCAGUCCAAAGUGUCAAGGGAAAUGAUCUUUGUGUUGGCCACAUGAUGCACUCAUAUCUUUAUCAUUUGAGUAGCUGAAACAUUUUCAGGAUUGAAUACAAGCUAGCAAAUAUAUCCCACUGAUCAUUGUACAAGUGUAACUCAUGUCUACAUGCUAUCAAGACUACCUCCAACUAUAUAUUUUUUUUUUACAUUCUAGGCAAGCAACUCUAUAUUGUACUGCUAUUUUUUUAUUGGUGUCUAUUAAACAUUGUUUUGUUAUAUAACAUUGUAUGUGUUAUAAAACAUAUCAAAGCUAGUAUAGACUUAUUUUCUGUUCAUUUUGAAUAGUGUGUGAAGUCAUUAUCUAGCAUGUUUUGUUUUUUAAGUUUAAUGACAAGUUACAAUUGUUUCAAUUGUAGGCUUCAUUGGUGGUGGGGGGGGGGACAUAUUUGGUUUUGUUAACCUAAAAAUGGAAAAAAAAUGAGUAGUAUUUUAUUAGGGCUAGAUCUAUAUUUUUUCAAAUCUUUAGAUAACAUUUUAGCUACAGUCAACUAGACAACACAUUAGCAACAGCCAACUAAACAACAUGUUAGCUAGAGUCAAUUAAACAACAUCUUGGCUGCAGUCAACUAAACAAUAUGUUGGCUGCAGUCAACUAAAUCAUUGAACACUGGAAGACUAUGAAAACGUGUUUUUAAUGGCCUGCUAUUUAUCUAAUGGAAUGACACUCGCCUAACAAGUUGUAGUUUUUAAUAUUCAUUCAUUUAUCUUCCAUUCUAAUUAUCUUUUUUUUUGUUGUUGAAUAACUAUUUCUUACCAUAUAUAAAGUACAAACUUGGUACAAACUGUGAUUUGUAGUGUAUACUGCUAUAUGUCAUGUCUCUUCUAGCCUUCUACCAUAUAUAAUGUGUAUCAUGACUAUUAUGUCCUUGUUGGAACUUAUUUAUUGAAUGUCUACUUAUAUUUCUGGAGAUUGUAUAUGUCGUCUAUGUACUACUGUGGUACAGGUAGUCACUGGACAGUGUUCAGAGCCCAACAGCUUCAAGUGUGAAACCUCGAACUGACAGUGUUCCACUGGACUAAGAUGUACAGAAUAGAAACAAGUCAUCAAAACUUUGUUAGUCUAGAUCAAAAGUGAAGUUUAUUUGUAGCAUGGAAAACCUCAAGAGACUAGUAUACUGGCAACUGAAUACAAUGUUUUAUCAGCAGCAUACUGACAUCUAGAAAGAAAUCUCAACUUUCAGAAAGUCAUGAAAUGACUUAAUUGUAAUUAAGUUGUGCCAAUGUUAACUUUUUAGCCCACACCUGCGCUAAGUGUUAAUAGUUAAGUUUGACCCUUGAAAUAUAGGAAAUGAAAUGUUGUAUAUAAAAGAAAGCAAUUUUGAUGAAAGUCCAAGAUAUUUUCUUGAAAAAUGUCAGUGAUAUUUUUUUAAUGUUGAAACCAAACAACUUGGUCACAGUAGCUCUAACAACAAAGACAUUGAGCUCUCUCUAAAACUAUCCUAAAUAUUGAAGGAAAGGCAGAUUAGAUUUAAUCAGCUAUUUUUUUCUUGAGGUUGAUUUCAGAUAUGUAUGUCAGUGUGUUGAGUGGUUAGUGUUAGUCUGUUCAGUACUUUGAUAUAAUGGUGUGAUAUUUCAAUACAUAUAUAUAUAUAUAUAUAUAUGCUGUUCCUAACUAAGGGUGGCUACUGUGUACAUCUGUGUGAUGGAAGUGUAGGUGAUCUGAAUGCAUGGAACAUAAUAAUGUAUGAUUGGUACAGCACUAUUGGCUCUUGUGACUUUAUAUUAUUAAAUAUCACAUUUAGAA